AUGAAUUCUCUAUCUAAGCACAGUAAUAGUAGUAGUAGUAGUAGUAGUAGUAGUAGUAGUAGUAGUAGUAGUAGUAGUAGUAGUAGUAGUAGUAGUAGUAGUAGUAGUAGUAGUAGUAGUAGUAGUAGUAGUAGUAGUAGUAGUAGUAGUAGUAGUAGUAGUAGUAGUAGUAGUAGUAGUAGUAGUAGUAGUAGUAGUAGUAGUAGUAGUAGUAGUAGUAGUAGUAGUAGUAGUAGUAGUAGUAGUAGUAGUAGUAGUAGUAGUAGUAGUAGUAGUAGUAGUAGUAGUAGUAGUAGUAGUAGUAGUAGUAGUAGUAGUAGUAGUAGUAGUAGUAGUAGUAGUAGUAGUAGUAGUAGUAGUAGUAGUAGUAGUAGUAGUAGUAGUAGUAGUAGUAGUAGUAGUAGUAGUAGUAGUAGUAGUAGUAGUAGUAGUAGUAGUAGUAGUAGUAGUAGUAGUAGUAGUAGUAGUAGUAGUAGUAGUAGUAGUAGUAGUAGUAGUAGUAGUAGUAGUAGUAGUAGUAGUAGUAGUAGUAGUAGUAGUAGUAGUAGUAGUAGUAGUAGUAGUAGUAGUAGUAGUAGUAGUAGUAGUAGUAGUAGUAGUAGUAGUAGUAGUAGUAGUAGUAGUAGUAGUAGUAGUAGUAGUAGUAGUAGUAGUAGUAGUAGUAGUAGUAGUAGUAGUAGUAGUAGUAGUAGUAGUAGUAGUAGUAGUAGUAGUAGUAGUAGUAGUAGUAGUAGUAGUAGUAGUAGUAGUAGUAGUAGUAGUAGUAGUAGUAGUAGUAGUAGUAGUAGUAGUAGUAGUAGUAGUAGUAGUAGUAGUAGUAGUAGUAGUAGUAGUAGUAGUAGUAGUAGUAGUAGUAGUAGUAGUAGUAGUAGUAGUAGUAGUAGUAGUAGUAGUAGUAGUAGUAGUAGUAGUAGUAGUAGUAGUAGUAGUAGUAGUAGUAGUAGUAGUAGUAGUAGUAGUAGUAGUAGUAGUAGUAGUAGUAGUAGUAGUAGUAGUAGUAGUAGUAGUAGUAGUAGUAGUAGUAGUAGUAGUAGUAGUAGUAGUAGUAGUAGUAGUAGUAGUAGUAGUAGUAGUAGUAGUAGUAGUAGUAGUAGUAGUAGUAGUAGUAGUAGUAGUAGUAGUAGUAGUAGUAGUAGUAGUAGUAGUAGUAGUAGUAGUAGUAGUAGUAGUAGUAGUAGUAGUAGUAGUAGUAGUAGUAGUAGUAGUAGUAGUAGUAGUAGUAGUAGUAGUAGUAGUAGUAGUAGUAGUAGUAGUAGUAGUAGUAGUAGUAGUAGUAGUAGUAGUAGUACGCCGGCGUAG